UGUGUGCAUCAGCAGAUGGCUGAUUCUGACCCUGGAGACAGAAACUAUGACAACAUGUUGAAAAUGCUGUCAGACCUGAAUAAGGACUUGGAAAAACUACUGGAAGAGAUGGAGAAAAUCUCAGUGCAGGCGACCUGGAUGGCCUACGACAUGGUGGUGAUACGCACCAACCCCACGCUGGCUGAGUCCAUGCGGCGGCUGGAGGACGCCUUCCUCAACUGCAAGGAGGAGAUGGAGAAGAACUGGCGGGAACUGCUCAGAGAGACCAAGAAGAAGCAUUAA